AUGUUUGACACGACCAAGCCUCACCCGUUGCUGGCACAGGUCCCUUUGACCGUCUCCCCGUUUCUGUCGCUGCCUACCGCCGUAACUCUGCCCUAUUCGUUUCGAUCCGUGCCUGCAUCUCUCCCUCCUUCCAUCAUCUCUGAUAGUGGUCCAGAGAAGCCCAAAUAUGUCGUCUCCUCCUCAGGGCAUUCUGCGCACCCGGAUGAUAUCAUAAACUCCUGCAAGGCCCUUCAAGAGCAUCUCAAAAAGACCGCAGAGGCUGCGGAAAAGGCGAUUCGGGACUGGGAGGAGGACAUCAGAAACCGUGAUUUGGCGGAGAAGAGACGGGUAGCACCUGGGUGGCUGGAUCGUGAAGAGAAGAUAUUAGAACCCACCAAGGUGACCAACAAAUCUGGUGGCCAUGAUAAUGACUUGUUAGACGGACAGCCAGAGAAUGAGAUCUCAGCCCCGGCAAUGUCACCAAGUCGUGAAGGUGAAGAACUUGACCGAGCAUUUGGUAAUCUGGGUGUUAAGUGA